GAUAGUGGAAAUAUCAGAAAUAUAGCUAAAAUACAGGGAAUCUAAUAUUUUAGGCUUUCAAUGUAAUGUUAAAACGACGAUACCCCGAGGAUACAACGAAGCAUCGAUCAAAAUGUACAGUCAGCGCAGCAACAAACAUUCAUUUGAAGUAAUUCUUGAGCUCGUGACAGGCCCAGAUCCGGAAGAGGUGGCCGCCCUGGGCGCCGAGUGGUCGCACCUGGACCCUGCGCAGUUCGGCGUCACGUGGGUCGUGAUGCCGGACGGCGACAGCAGGCCGCGCGUCGCCAUGCUCACGCCUCCCGACGACACGUCGCGCUUCUUCACGUCCGCCAGCGCCGACGCCGUCGGCUUCCACCUCUACACCAGGAAGAACCGCCACUCGUCGCAGCGGCUGGUGCCUGGAGAUAAGAAGCGCCUCAGUCACAGCCCCUUCGACCCGGAGAAGGAGACGAAGUUCAUUGUGCACGGCUGGAUGUCGUCGCUCAACAGCACCACCGUGCAGAACCUCAAGGAUGCAUACCUGAAGGCCGGCGACGUGAACGUGGUGGCGGUGGACUGGGGCAGCCUGGCUUCAUCGACGCUGUACCUGGGGCCCAAGUGGAACACGUGGCAGGUAUCGGAGAGUGUGGCAGACCUGGUACGCUUCCUGGAGGACACAGCAGGUGGGAAACGGGCGCGGAUGCACGUGGUGGGGCACAGCCUGGGCGCGCACGUGGCCGGACAGACGGGACACCGCCUCGCAAAGGACGGCGGCCGCAUCGCCAGGGUCACUGGGCUGGACCCGGCGAUGCCGGGCUUCCUGUGGGUGGAGUCUGAGGAUGGCCGUCUGGACGCGUCGGACGCCGACUUCGUGGAUGUGGUGCACACGUGUGGCGGCGUGCUGGGCUACUCCAGCCGCCUGGGACACGCGGACUUCUUCCCCAACGGUGGCACGCCAUUCCAGCCUGGCUGCGGCGGACUCGUCGAGAUCGCCCAGGCGUGCAGCCACGCUCGCGCCCACGAGUUCUUCGCGGAGUCCAUCACGGCUCCCGGCGACGCCUUCCUGGCCGUGCCCUGCGACUCGUGGGACAGCUACAAGGAGCGCAAGUGCCGCGGCCAGCCUGUGCCCAUGGGCGAGCGCGUCCCCCGCACUGCUUCUGGGAUGUUCUUCCUGGAGACAAAUGGAACUGCCCCAUUUGCACUUGGUCCAAGGUCUUGGUUUAAACGAGCAAAGAAGAAAUCAAAAAAGAAGACUUCAUCAAAACCAGCUGCUAACUGAAAGCCUGCUACUAAUAUGUCAUGAAUCCUUUGGUAAUAAAGAAUGUUCUCUUCUG